UCUUUGAUUUAUCAAUAUAAGCCGGCUAAGUAAAACUUUCCUCUGUUAAUGGCAGAUCUACUCCAUUUUACGAUCCCUCCAAAGACGCCAUUUUCCCUCACUUAAAAAGUUAAAACUUUUGCACAAUUAGGAUCUGUCUCCAGUUUCUUUUUUUUUUCUUUUCCUUUUUCCGUUUGAAACGAUGAACUUGUACAAUUCACAUAAUCAUCAACAUCAAUCGCAGAGAAUGGCUCUUGCAGGACUUUUCAUGAUUCUCUUACCGAUUUUCAUGCCUAAUCUAUUUGGCCCAUUGAGUCGCGCCUCACCUUCUCUGUUCUCUGAAUGGAAUGCUCCAAAACCUAGACAUCUGUCUCUAUUAAAAGGGGCUCUUAACCGUGAAUCUUCUAUCAAACAGCAGUCGGAGCUGUGGUCUCCCUUGGCCAACCAAGGAUGGAAACCUUGCGUGGAAUCUCCCAGCUUCCCUUCACUGCCAGAGAAGUCUCAAAGGUAUCUCCAGGUGUUCCUUGAUGGGGGUUUAAACCAACAAAGAAUGGGGAUAUGUGAUGCAGUUGCUGUUGCUAAGGUAUUGAAUGCAACGUUGGUGAUUCCACACCUUGAAGUAAAUCCUGUUUGGCAAGAUUUUAGUUCAUUCACAGAUAUUUUUGAUGUAGAUCACUUCAUUAGUGUCCUUCAUAACGAUGUGCAUGUGGUAAAAGAGUUGCCUCUUCAAUACUCUUGGAGUACAAGGGAGUAUUAUGCUACAGGUAUUCGAGCUACUAGAAUUAAAACAGCACCACUCCAUGCUUCCGCCAACUGGUAUCUGGAAAAUGUAUUGCCUAUAAUGCAGAGUUAUGGGAUUGCAGCAGUUGCCCCAUUCUCACACCGUUUGGCUUUUGAUAACUUGCCUGUGAAUAUCCAGCGAUUACGUUGCAAGGUCAAUUUUGAAGCACUAGUGUUUGUUCCUCAUAUAAGGACAUUAGGGGAGACCCUAGUUCAUCGCCUCCGCCAUCCUCCUGCAAACUUUCAGAAUUCAGGAGCUGGGUCCCUGCAGGAAGAAAGGCAUGCCUCAGAACGAGUGGGUGCUGAACAGUUUGUUGUUCUACAUCUUCGCUUUGACAAAGAUAUGGCUGCUCACUCAGCCUGCAAUUUUGGUGGGGGUAAAGCCGAAAAACUGGCUUUAGCAAAGUACCGCCAAACAAUUUGGCAAGGAAGAGUCUUAAAUUCUCAGUUCACUGACGAGGAGUUAAGAAAUCAAGGACGUUGUCCUUUAACUCCGGAGGAAAUUGGUUUGCUCCUUGCAGCUUUAGGCUUCGACAAUAAUACAAGAUUAUAUCUUGCUUCACACAAGGUUUACGGUGGAGAGGCGAGGAUUUCAACUUUGCGUAAACUAUUUCCCCUAAUGGAAGACAAGAAAAGUCUUGCCUCUGAAGAGGAUUUGGCCAAGGUUGAAGGCAGGGCUUCUUUGUUGGCAGCCGUUGAUUAUUAUGUGAGCAUGCAGAGUGAUAUCUUCAUCUCAGCUUCCCCAGGAAACAUGCAUAAUGCUCUGUUAGCACAUCGAGCUUACUUGAAUCUGAAGACCAUAAGACCAAACAUGGUGCUGUUGGGUCAUAUCUUCCUGAACAAGAGCAUGGGGUGGUCAGAGUUUCAGCAUCGAGUCAUCAAUGGGCAUAAAAAUAGACAGGGACAGAUCAGGUUGCGAAAGGAGAAGCAAUCCAUAUAUACAUAUCCUGCUCCCGAUUGCAUGUGUGAAGCUUAAAAUGAACUCAGACAUGGUAAUUCAUAAAGCUGUAAUUAACCAUUUUCAAACGUGAUUGUUGUUGAGCUAAUGUAGAUUCUAUUUUACGAUAUGAAUCUGUUUUUUACUA